AUCUAAUGAAGUUGCGAAGACGCAAAUGCGAUGACAUACAUUAUAUCCUGGAGAACGAUAUCACGGUUGUCAGCACGAAGACGUAAUGGUGCUAAGCGCGGUCGUCAACAAUAUGUCAAUUUGGAGCUGAUAUAGAUGAACUUGAACACACUCUUCCUUCUCUUAGUCGACGCUUCUCUCGGUCUAUUGAAUCACAAUGAUUAGCACUAUUUUCAGUCUAGUUACGGUACAGAAUGCUGAGUAUACUGUUGUUAGCUUGGGUGUCUACAUUACUUUGCUAUGUAUCUAUCGCGUCUACUUUCACCCUUUAUCCUCAUUCCCCGGUCCUCUGUCCUACAAGAUAAGCGGAUGGCCUCUCCUCUGGCAGGCCUAUAUCGGCAAUCGUCACAUCUGCCACCUCCUCGAUCAUCAGAAAUAUGGUUCUGUGGUUCGGAUUUCUCCUAACGCGCUUUCCUUCAAUACUGCGUCUGCACUCCAUACUAUUUAUGCACCGCGCAACGCCAAUGUGAAGAAGGGAGAGUGGUAUAAAACUUUCGAUAUAGCUGCUGGAACGUAUAGCAGCUUCACAGAAACGAGUAGGGAGAAACAUGCAGCAAAGAGGAGGUGGAUGGGUCCUAUUUUUUCGCCUGAGAGUCUGAAUUCAAAUGAGCAGACGGUGCGUGGUAUCAUAGAACGGUUUUGCGAGACUUUGAGGAGUUUCAGGCAAGACUGUAAAGAAGAAAGCAACGGUGAUUGGGGAGAGAAAUGGAAUGCUAGCGAGAUGAGCACAUACCUCGGAUUUGAUAUCAUGGGGGCACUCGUGUUUGGAAGCAGAUUUGAGACGGUGCAAAAAGAAAUGUUUAGGCCGUUGGCCAGCUCAGUUUUACCGGCUAGCAUGUUGAUGUAUUGGAUAUCCUAUCUGCCUCCGGCAUUUAUCGUACGGCCUAUCCUACGAACCAGGUUGUUCGAGGCAUUAGGCGGUAAAUCUGUUACAGACAAUAACCGCUUGAUCGAUUAUGGUGCCACCCAAGUUCAAUUACAACAAUCGAAAGUUAAGGCAGAGAGAGAUAGUAAUUCCCAACGAGUAGAUUUUCUGUCGCAUCUAGUCACAGCGAGGGACAAGAAAACUGAUUGGCAUCCUUCGACAGCAGAUCUCGGUACUGAGUGUCUCAACCUGAUGAACGCUGGGGCGGAUCCUUUCAGUGGGGUCCUUGCCGGAGCUAUCUUCUACCUGGUGCGAAACCAGGAUGCACUUCGCGGAGUUACUCAAGAGAUAAGAUCAUCCUUUACCUCGCCUUCCGAGAUUGUCAGUGGCCCGGUACUAAAUCAUUGCACUUAUCUCUACGCUGUCAUCGAAGAGACCCUUCGUCGCACCGCGCCAGUACCCAGCCAUCUUCCACGCAUCGUCUUAGACGGAGGUAUUGAGAUCGAUGGCGUUCGCAUUCCGGCUGGCACAACAGUAGGCGUACCAAUGUAUGCUCUACAUAACGAUCCCACCCAUUUCCCUGCACCGUUUGCUUUCUUACCCGAACGCUGGAUCGAGUCGCCUUCCAACCCCGCUUCCUCCAUCGCCUUGGCUCGAAGGGCAUUUUUCCCGUUCAGCAUUGGCAGUAGGAUGUGCAGUGGCAGGAACCUGGCAUACUUGCAAUUGAAGUUGACACUGGCACAUUUACUCUGGCGCUUCGACCUACGAUUGGCCCCUGAUGAGCCCGAGUCUGGAGGUGGGAAGCCAGGAUUGGGUAUUGGAAGAGAAAGAUCUGAUGAAUUUCAGAUGUGGGAUGCACUUGGAUUUGGGAGAGACGGACCGAUGGUCCAGGUUAGGGUUGCACAGGUGGAGUCUUGA